GCAUUCAGAUCAAGUCAAGUUUGCAUCACUCUUGUCUCCUGGUACAAAUAAUCAGAAGUUCAUUGAAACAGAACCAAUGGUUGACAGGAAUAGAUUUUUGAAAGAAACACUGCAACUCAACAGGAAUUCUGGGAGAAAAGCUUUCCAAGAACUGACAAAUACUAGUAUACAAUUUCACCCUUCUGUACCUAAAUCCCCCCAAUCUUUAGAAGACUCAGCAGCACCACUGAGACGAGGCAGACCCACUAUUUGCUACAAGGAACCCAAUCUUCUCAGCAAAUUAAGGAGAGGGGAUCGAUUUACAGAUACACAAUUCCUCAAUUCCCCAGUCUACAAAGUAAAAAAUAAAGGAAAUUUUAAAAGCAAAUCAAAAUUUUAUUAAGGAAGAGAGAAUUGCCUUUAUGGACAAUACUUCUAAAAUGGGUACAAUUGUUUAUGUAUAUAUGUAUAUGUUUAGGAAUAUAGAGUGUUUGUUGUUCUUUGACUAGUAAAGGUCUUCCACAGUGAAAUUUUCUGGAGAAGAACCUUUGUAAAAGG